AAAAUUUAUGGUGCUCUGUCUACCUUUCCAUAGUUAUCAUCAACAAAAAGUACAUAUUCUUCAAUGUUAAUUCGUUGUGGAGAUGGAAUUUGGGUUGUGAAUCGACUAUAUUUACUUCUCUCUCCUAAAGAUAUUAUUUUUGUCCAAGUUUACUUGUAUUUCUGAACUCUUUCUAGAUAAUUUUAGCUUCUUGAUGCUUCCCUUGUAAUCUCAUAGCAACUUCGCAAAUGAGAAAAUUCUGAUCCUAACGUUAUUGUUGCAAUUGAUUCGUGAUGAAAUUCAAGCUGGAAAGACUGACAAAGAGAUUUAUAAAAAGCUUGAAGAGGAUUUUGGGGAGACAGUACUUUAUGCCCCAAAGUUUGAUAUGAAGACAGCAGCCUUGUGGCUAUCACCGCUUCUAGUUGCGGGUGCUGCUGCAGGCAUAUGGGCUUACCAGAAGCACAGGCAAAAAACUAAUGUCCAUAUCAUGGCUUUAAAACCUUCUUAGAGGUGAAGAUGAGAGAGAGAAUGGGAGCAAGCAGGGGACACAGAGAAUCACUGGUAAGGCGAACUUCACAGAGAUCAGUGUUUGGUAGGCAAACUGAUCAGGUACAAAGGCGCAGAGGAGAUGGUAAUAUUAGACAAGAGGGAUGCAGACAAAGUUUUGGAGGGUACGAUUGGAAGAUUUAUAACCAAGCUACAGCUUUUUUCUUCACAAACUUUCCUGAGGAGUGGAACUAUGAAGAUUUGUGGAGACUCUUCUCAAAAUAUGGGAGAAUCUACUCUAUUUACAGCCCAGAAAGGAGGGACAGAUUUGGGAGAAGAUUUGGUUUUGUCCGGUUUCUGGAAGUGAAGGAUAAGAAAGAGUUGGAACGCCAAUUAGAUCAGAUCUGGAUUGGUCACACAAAACUCAGGGCAAACAUCCCCAGAUUCAAAGAGGAAGACCGGAAUGGUAAGAAGAAAGCAAACCAAAAAUUGGGAUGCAAAACCAUCCUGAUAGUCGCCCGUGGAAACACCAGACCCAUGGCAGAGCAUAGAGGAAACUCAAGGACGAAGCACUCAGAAAAGCCUAAUAGAAGAAAAUGGCAGAAGAAAAAUAACGACCAGGAAUGGACAGGUUUUGAGUUCAAUGUGAAAGAGGAGGACUAUAGCUGGUUACAAGGGUGUUACGGAAAAUUCAUUACUUUGGAUGAAAGCACAAGCAAGAAGAAACGUUUUGACAUUGCAAGAUUCCUUAUAUGCACACCAGUCAUGGAUUCCAUUUCAAAGAAGCUCAAAGUCAAGAUCAACGGAACAGUGUACAAUAUCAGAGUGGUGGAAGAAGAAUUCUCCAAUAGUUUAUUUUCUAUCAAAUUAGAUUUCAUUCCAGAUUUUCCAAGUGAUUCCGAAAUUGAAUCCAAUGAAACUUGGGAGAUUGAUAGCGUGGAAGAUGAAGCAUCAAAGGGAGUAGAUACGGAAGUUGAAAAGUUAUUCAGUGACAUGGAGAUUAGGGUGCCUAGGGAGGAAGAGGAAGAUGUGGCACUUGUGGAGGACAGCUUGGCGGCGCAUCAUAAUUCGAAGAUAGCUGCUCCACUUCAAACUAUUGGUGAACAGGAUAUGGAUGCUAGAUAUGGGCUGGUGGGUGAAACUCUUAGGCCCAACACUGAGGAGACCACAGAAUCUGUUAAUGGGCCAACUCAGGGAAAAGAUAUGGAGAAGGUUCUAGUAAACACGGGUGGUGAUAAUCAAAAUGCCAAAAAUGCCUUUCCAGUAAGAUGUAAUCAGUUCACAUCUCAAAAAGCUUCAGACGAUAUGGAGGGACCAAAUCGAAAACCAACCAUAUCAGAAGGUUUAGAGGUGAGAAGGAAGAAAUCAAAGAAUCGCACAAAGAAGAGAGCCAGAUCUUGCAUCGCAGUCUAUAAAGUAGCCUCGGCAAUACUCCAAAAGAGGAAUAGGGGAGAAAAAUGUAAAGGUACACAACAAUUGAAAGAAAAUCUACCAACUUUCUUGCCCAAUCCGAAGAAAGUGGUUGCCGGUGAAUCUGUGGGUGACAGUGACAUUAUAAAUCGAAAUAAGGAGAUUCGCAAAGGGUGGAAAAAAUAUGGAGCUGAGGAAAUUUGGGAAUUUGCUAAGCUGAUCGGAGUACUUGGUCAAAGGCGCUCCAUAUCAGAUCAUUGUCCUAUCAUUUUGAAGAACAUCUCAGUGGAUUGGGGACCAAGGCCAUUCAAAUGGUUUGAUGCAUGGCUGGACACACCAGGUUUGAGGGAUGAAAUCAAAAAGACGUUAAGACAAAAGAUUGUAGAGCACUACACAUGUUAUUUCAAGGAUGAGGAGUGGAGAAGACCAACAUUGGACGGCAUAAAUUUUAACAGGCUCUCCCCAAAUUCUGCUGCCAUGUUAGUUGACAAUUUUACUGAAGAAGAAGUUAAGAAGGUAGUUUGGGAUUGUGGAGUUACAAAGGCACCAGGCCUAGAUGGAUUUAAUUUUCGAUUCAUAAGAGAAAUGUGGGAGGUGUUGAAGGAAGAUAUCAUGGGCAUCAUACAGGAAUUUCAUGAGAAUGGCAAGUUAGUCAGAGGAUUGAAUGAAUCUUUCAUUGUACUCAUCCCUAAGAAGGAAAAUCCAUUAGAGUUGGAGGAUUUCAGACCCAUUUCCCUAAUUGGUGCUAUAUAUAAAAUCCUAACUAAGAUACUCUCAAACAGAUUGAGUCAAGUUAUGCAGGAAAUCAUUGGGGAACAACAAAUAGCUUUUGUGAAAGGUAGACAACUCAUAGAUGGUGUAGUGGUUGCAAAUGAGGUUAUAGAUGAAGUACACAGGAAAAGAAAGAGUAGCUUUGUAUUCAAGAUUGAUUUUGAGAAGGCUUUUGACAAAGUCAGUUGGAAAUUCUUGGAUUACAUGCUAGAACGUAUGGGAUUUGAUUCCGAGUGGCGAGGUUGGAUUCAAGAAUGUCUAAGCACCAACAGAGUUUCAAUUUUGGUUAAUGGCAAUUCUACAGAUCAAUUCUCAGUCAGUCAAGGGUUGAGGCAAGGUGAUCCACUGUCAUCGUUCUUAUUCUUGAUAAUUGCUGAAGGCUUGAACGGAAUAAUUGCGUCAACCAUUUCAAAAAAGUUGUUUGCUGGUGUAUCAGUAGUAUUUAGGGGUCCCUAUUGGGGACAACCCAAGAAGAUUGAAAAUCUGGCAACUGCUGGUGGAAAAUUUCAAGAAGAAGUUGUCACAAUGGAAGGGGAGAUUCGUAUCUAUGGGAGGCUGAAUUACUCUGAUCAAUGCUGUGUUGUCAAGCCUACCAGUAUUUUUGAUGAGUAUGUUUCUCAUUCCAAAAGGGGGUGGGAAAAUGUGUGCAAAAGCAAAGAGGAAGGGGGUCUUGGAGUGAAUCUUAGAACUUUUAAUUUAGCCUUAAUGGGGAAAUGGUGGGGAAGGUUCGCUAAGGGGAAGGGCGGUUUGUGGCAUAAGGUUUUAAAAGCUAAGUAUGGGAGAGAGGGUGUAAAUUGGACGAGAUGGAUGAAAGAGAGCAGUGAGUUAGGAUCUCUAUGGUGGAGAGAUGUAUGUAGGCUAAAUGAGAUAGGGGGGAGUAACAUAGGAUGGCUAGAGAGAGGUUUUGAGUUGGAUGUGGGGGAAGGUAAAGAAAAUGUAAUAAGUCAAAUGGGCAAAUGGAAGAAUGGAGAGUGGACUUGGGAUUUGAAGUGGAGGCAUGCUUUUCGGGAAGAGGAAGCUAUCCAAUUACAGAAUGUGAUUAGUAGGUUGAACACCAAAUCACUUACCAAGGGAAGAAGGGACGUAUGGCACUGGAAACAUGAUCAAAACGACAUCUACAGUGCAAGUUCAGAUGUUGUCGUUGGUGGGGUGUGGAAGUUGUUCUUGCUGAAUCCUGUUCGGAGGCUUUUGUUCAACAUGAAGGCUGGUUCAAAGAUAAAAGGUCAAGGGAGGGAUGGGAGGACUAGAUGUGCUAUUCUACCAUUGAAGAAAUUGCAAAAGAGGACUGAAACCCGACACGGUCACUUUGAAGUUGAGGUGAUAUACAUUGGCAAUGGAGAGAAAAGAUGAUUUGAGUUGAAGAAGACCCGAGUAGUAGAAGCCCAAGCAAGAAAUAUAAGUCACAAUGUUCACUAUACAGAGUGUGGAAGUCAAUCCAUUGAAGAUUCACAGGCAGAUAUUGCAAUUCUCCUCAGAAAGUUGAUUCGUGAUGAAAUUCAAGCUGGAAGGACUGACAAAGAGAUUUAUAAAAAGGUUGAAGAGGA